GAGGGCCUGGAGCAGGGGGCUCAUGACCGAUGUCACGUUCGGAGCAGCUGACCUGCCAGGGGAUUCCCGGAGGGAGGCCGUGGUGUGGAAGCUUUGGGUGGGGAGGGGGACACUUCCCCUAAACCCCACGGCCUGCGGUCUCAUCUUUCCCAUCUGCGAGUAGGGGGUCUCCAUCUCUUCCAAGUCCAACUGUGAUCCUGCUGAGUUGGGGAGACACUGUGUCAGUCCGCCGGCUUCCACACGAGUCCCCGGGAGCCUCGGAGGGGUACCGGGCAUGCUCCGCUCUCCACCUAGCUCUAAGGUGCAGCAGAUCGCUUUGCCUUCUGUCUCUCACGGUGUUCUGGCUCGCCACGUGUUGUGAGAACACAGUCGUGGAGCAGUUGGUGUUCGGGCUUGCUGGAAGUUCCCUGUUCUCUCCUGCGUUAAUGAUUAUGCUCUUGUUUACCUUUCACACUGCUCUCGUGGGCCGGGCAGAAGUGCUCACCCUCUGAAUAAAUUGUUAGUGGGGAAGAUCCCCACACUCAACUACCUUCCUUUGCCAGGCGCCUGGCCGCAGGAAGCUCCCGGGGCUGGUGCACGCUCGCCCCGCACGGCCGAUAGAAUCAGUGGGUUCUUGAGCCAGUAUGGCUUGGCCGCCCGGCCGCCCUCCCCUUUCCCCGUUAUUGGCAUUGGCGCGGUUUUGCUGUUCCAGCCCUCACGGCACAGGUAUCUUGACCGCGUGCAGCUGUGUGCUAGGCGAGCUGGGCCAUCUCCAAGCACCCUGCCUUCUGGGGUGGGGCUUUGCAGCGAGUGUCGGUCUGAGCCGGUGGGAGGGGUCUGAGAGGUUGAAGGUGGGCUGUGCAGGUGGGUGAGGAGCGCCUGCGGCCUCUGUUGUCUUGUGGGUAGCUGACAGCUUUUGGAGAACUUCUCUCCCUGGGCAGCCCAGCAGGCAUGUUUGAGUUGAGCUCCUUCAAGGGGGGUCUGCUUUUAGAACUUAACAGUGGUCCUCUCGUGAUUCCAAAAUAGUUUCCGAACUCAAAAACACAAAGCAAGGCUUCUCUCUGGAGCACAUUUGCCUUCUGUGCUUGAACGUAGCUGGACUUUGAGGGAUGCGUUCCAAGUUCAGCCCCACUCACUCAAGGUGGUUGCUAAAAAUGGGAGUUGAAUCGGGGCUACUUGGGGAAAUCGUUUCUGGGGCUUGCUGCGUUCCAGCCCUGUCUCCAGGGCCCAGCUGCCGCCGAGUGAGGUCGCUUUCCUGACCCAGACCCACCGUUCUCUGUCCGUGUGUCCGCAGCCCCACACGCUUUCACUCUUGGGGCUUCGGUAGCUGAAGAGUCUGUUUACCAUCUCAGGCAGCGGAGAAGAAAUCCUGCCUGUGUCCUGGCUCUUCCUGAGUCUAAAGGUUUCUGGAGUGGACUUUCUGGCUUUAGGGUGCAGUCCACACGGGAAAUGGAACCCGGGCAGCUGUGAGCGUUCUCUGUGUGGCUACUCCUCAGAGCAGUAAACAGUGACUCACCCUCCCCUCUGCUCCCCGCCUCCCUGCUCCCUGGAAGAUGCACUGCUCCCGUGUUUACUUUUGCUUUUUGUAAGUCACAGACUGGUCAUGUUUCCUCUUUCUUACAGUUUCAGGAAAUUGAAAGUGUUCUCUUAAAAUCAUAGAACUUUAGAACAGGUAGAAAUAAAUGUAGGGAUUAUGCAGUACACAUACACCCCCCGCGGCCCCCCCCCCACUUUACAUGAGGACACCAAGCCCAAUACCCCUCACCUGGCCUGUGGCGUCAGAGUCCGAUAUCCGGGGUGUGGGGGACACCCUGCCUGCUUUUCUGCGCUGCAUGUGGGCUGCACGGGACGGGGAGGGCCAGACAGGUCCCGAGCUGAGGCGCCCCCGACCCCCUCCCUUCAGGGCAGUGCUGACAUGUGCGCUUAGGCGGCUUGCCUCUCACUUGCUGGGAGUUGAGGGGAGCAGGUGUGGUUAAGAACGUCCCCGCCCUCCAGCAAGGGAAGCAAACCUCAGACAGAAAGACCAGGACCAAGUCUUGGGCUCAGCCCUUGAUGUGUACUUGUGAGGGGGUGCCCGCCCACCCCAGGGAAGGCAGGAGGCGGCUUUCUGGUGAAGCAAGGGUUGGGGGGAGAGGGUGGGAGUCCAGCACUGAUUGCGGAGGCUCUAGAAGCCAGAGGUGAAGGCCUGGAUGCGACAGGUGGCCAGGGGCAUGAGGGCUCAGGAGGGCCUUCAGGCAGGGGGUUCUUCUACUCACCUUGGGGCCUACAUUUGAGGGGCCAAGGCCCAGACAAAAGCAGCCCAGGCCUGAGCCAGGUAGUGCUGGAGGGCUGGAGCUUCAGCAGAGAGACCAGCUGAGGCUGACAGGACAGGCUCAGCAGGUGGACGUGGAAGGAGAGGUGAGGUGUUGGGGGUGAUUUCCGCAUGAAUGGCAUGAUGGGUCAUCACCUGAGCUGGAGACGCAGGAGGAGGGCAGGUGUGGGGACAGGGCACAUCUCUGGGGCCUGUCAGACACGCGGGCUGUGUAACCUCAGUGGGAUGUGGGGCUUGGGGCUGGUCGAACCCCUGGGCAGCUGUGGCACGAACAGAGCCCCAGAGGGGAGCCUGGAGACAGGAGGACCACCCAGAGGGGUACCGGGGGAGUGAGGGGCCAGGGCGUGGCCAGGGAGGUGAGGCGUUCAGCCUGCUGUCAGCCUAGCAGCCGCCUGAGUCACCUCUGGACAGAGCCAGGAUGACACAGCUUCCUCGGACUGCAAACGCAAGGUGACCAGACGUCCUCCAAGCCAGGCAGACAGUCAUGUCUUGCCGGAGGGCGGCCAGCCAGGGCCAGCCUGCAGGCUGGGUGUGGGCUAGGCUGAUGGGGUGCACCCCCACGUGGAGGGGAGUUGGGCGGGAGGUACGAGCCCUCCCGGUGCCAGGCCUGUCUUCAGUUGGGUGAGGCGUCAGCUUGGGGGGCAAGCUGGCCAUGUCACCCUGUGCUCAUGGGACAGUUGCCUUCUGUGUCGGCCCCACUGUGCUGCCAGCUGGGAGGGGCGCUCAGCUUUGGGUCCUCUGUGAGAAGGCCCCCAGCCCCCCAGGACAGAGGCUUCUGGCUUUGGGGUUUGCACCCAUCAGGGUGAGUCAGAUGCUGUUCUGCUGUGUGAAGUGGAGAUCUGCUUCAGGACAGAACCCUUUUCCUCCCUUCCUGUUUUCCUCCUGCCCUCUUCCCUCUCCCUGGAUCUGACCCCCUCGGAGACCUGGGAGGGCUGAAGGGGGCAGGCACGGGGAGUGGCAGCCGCCAUCACUCCACACUGAACAGGAACAAGAGUUUUUUUGAGCGCCCACCCUGCUGGGCACCAGAUUCGGCUUCCUGUGCACGUGAAGCUCAUGGUGUAGGCUAGUCUAACUGAGGUAAGGGUUAGAGCCCCGUCAGACUCCAAAAACCCCUUUUCUGACAUCAUCUAGACCUAGGGCUUUUUGAGUGGGGCCAUUGCGCCCAUCAGCCACCUGGCUUUACUGGUGGAACAAAUGUUCCCCCCACCCCCCAAGGCCCUGAACCUGAGUCUAGCCCAGUGAGGGCCUGAGCGCACUCCGGAUGGCCUGGGUCGUGAGUUGCCCCAGAUGAGCCGAGUCAGAGGGUGGGCAAGCAGCAGGUGUUUGCUGGGGGAUGGAGGGGCUGAGACCCUGGCCUCCAGCUCACCUGCCCCUGGAAGGGCUGUCCUGCACUGUUGAACCUGGACGACUUGCCCGUUCUUUGUGGGUCCCGGAAGGGAGGGCCACCCCCGGCUCCCUAACUUGUUCCCAACUAUGCCAUCCCCAGAGGUGACUCCCAUCUAGGCUGCUGGUCCAUUGUUUUUCUUUUAGGGCAGUCUUUCCCUUGACUUUGUUCAGAUGCACACCAGGAUGAAGUUUCUGGCUUUGGGUUGAAAACCACCCUCUUCAGGUAGGAAAGCAGUCACCUGAAAGGUGUUCCAAGGUCUAAGUGCUGACCGAGCAGCCUUUCUUGACCAGCAGCGUCUCGAGGGCUGCGUGAGCUGAGCGUCUGGCUCUUGUUCACUCGGUGGGUGGGCAUGUGCGCCUCGGAGGUUCACACCCGCCUUCGGGGGUCCCCGCCUGGCUCUGGCUGCCAAUUUACUGGAAUUCCGAACAGCCCAUGCAGAGAGCGUGCACGUGUGGCUGAGGUUCUGUUAGUUGGUGGUGAGGGGACUCGAUGCCCCGAGCGUCCUCCCGUGCAGCUGCUGGAGAGCCGUGUGCGGGUGCUGAGUGGGGGCCGGUGUGGUGGAAGGCGAGGCCGCCUCGCCGCUCCUGCCCGGCCUGUCGGGGCCUCAGUCUCUAAUCCUGGCUGCGGUCCGGCCCGGGACCAGAAAGCAGUUCCUCCUGCGUGCGCUCUGGUGGCCGUGAGGUUGCCUGAGGUUCAGGGGUUUAUAAAUACACGUUUUAGGGCAGUUGUUUUAAACUCAGUUGUCCACACUCGCACAGGUACGAAACUUUUCUCUGAACCUGUUUUCCAAAAGCAAACUGUCGGGUUUUUUGCCUUUCAUGUUUGAAGUGAUCUUAGGUCACUGCUGCAUGUAUUUUGCGUAGCUUGGCAUAGGGGAGUAAUGGUGCCGUUUCUGUCCAUAAACUGAGUUCAGGAAAGACGGGCAGUGCCCAGCCAUCGCCGUGCUCCUGGAGCUGGCUCCCUGGACCAGCGGCUGAGUCUGCGUAGUGCCCCUCGGGGCAGCCCGCUCUCCAGCAGCUGGUGGAGACUUCCAGGGGUGCCUCGGCGGUGGGGGGUGGGGGAGGCAGGAGCUGAAACCUGGUCCGCCCGAGGCAGUGGGGGUUGUGUCUGUGAGCAGGGGUCCAUGGGACAGUGUCUGCCCUUGCCUGGGACUUGCCCACCCAUGUCUGGGUCUCUGGUUUCUCAGGGGGGCCCUGGUGCGGGUCCCAGCCCCCUGGGGGUUGAGUGGAGCCCCCAGUCAGGGUCUCUCCUGGCUCGGCCCAACCGAGGCUUUUGCGAGCUGGACAGAACUCUGGGACCCCUGGUUCCGAUCCCCUCAUUUUCAGAGGAGGAGAGUAAGACCCACAGAAGUGCUUUACUGGCUCGUUCCCCAACUUUGUCUCAAGGCGAUGAUCACCUCCACAUGUACUCCUGUUCGCUCUUAGGCCUCACGUCGCUCUUGUUGAACAGGAGGUCCGAGAAGGGCAGGGAGUCCCCAGAGGUCAGACCCCAGCGUGGCACCCUCCCACAAAGAGAGGCGUCCCUCCUCUCUUGGACCCCAGGUGGGCCCCAGGGCCGCUCUUCUCCCAUCCCUGCCGAGGCUCUCAUCUGUGUCCUGUGCCCAGAAGGCAGAUGGGGUGCAGAGCUGGUGGAUAUGGGGCUUUGCCCAGGUGACCUUGACCUUUCAGAUGCAGCCAACGGACCCUCAUGGGGCCUGUCUGGAGGGGAGGGAGCCGAGCGCUUGCAUCCUGGUUGCCCAUCCUGGUUACCUGGACAUCCACCACUCACUGUCAUGGAGGGCCGGUCCCAGGGGAAGUGUACCUGCCUGCCCUGAGCGCAGCCCUGUGGCCCUGGGUGCUGGCUGAGCUGGCCCGCCACCGUGGGGGAGGCACAGAAAGCCCUGCUGGUCGGGGUCUGAGCGGAGCUCCCUCCUUUGCUGGGGCCUCCCUUUUCUCAUCAGGCGGGCUGGGCGGUCCGUGCAGGGUGGGAGGGCCUUAGGUCUGUGGGAAUGUGAGCUCCUUGCUCUGUAAACAGCUGUGACUCACCGCACAACUAUGCCCUGGCGGCUCCAGGCCCUUGUGCGCUGACGUGUGCUGGAAUGACACCCGGCGGUGGAAAAGUUUCUCAGGGCUCUCCCAGCUGCCUGGCUCCUGCUGGCCCUCCAGGUGCUUUCUCUAGCACGGUGUGACACCCGCACCCGGAGGGAGGGGCGCUAAUUGUGCGUCCCCUGCCCCCCACAGAUGCCGGGGGUCGGCCUGCUGUCAGGAAGCGGCUCCUGGUCCCUGCCGUGACCACCCCAUGCUGCUGCGUCGUCUGUGUGUCUGUCUCGGGCACACGCGUGGGGGUGUGGAGGAGCCCGGAGCCCCCCGGGGGUGUGCCCGGCCCUGGCCCUGCUGUUGUCCUGCUCGCCGUCAUCCAGCAUCGGCGCCUGGGAGUGUUGCCAGGGGCAACUGGGGGUCCAGCGACCUGGGUGCUGAGACCCUCUGGUGGCAGAAGGCAGGCGAGCCGUGGGGACGGGUUAGGGUCCCGGGGCACCCGAGUCCCGCUCACCCUCGAGAUGGAGGCUCGGCUGAGGCUCCCUCUCUGGGGCCCGCAUCCCCCCGUCGUGCAUUUCUCCGGUGUUCUCUCUGCUCCGUUCACCGUGCCUGGCGUUUGGAACGUAGACCCUGGUCCCUAACCCAGUGACAGAGCGUGGCGGCAAGUCUAGAGCCGCGGGGUCACACGGGUUUGUUUACUGUCCCGCAGCCUGUGUGUCUGCACCAGCCGCCCGAAGCCAUUGUUGCUGUGGGCUUCUCCGUUGCCAUGGCGACCACCAGGGGCUGGCUACUUCCCAAGGUCGCCAUGGCAACUAUCAGAGGGGAAUCAUGCUUGGGAUGCUUUGGCUGGCUUUUUCAUGAAUGAUUAGAAUGUGUGACACAAUGCAGACGCGAAAACUCGAAGGGCGGGCAGCGGCGGGGCCGGCGGGCGCCGGGGACAACUCCCGCCAGACGGCCGCCCCAUGAGCUCGUGCAGCCGCGGCUCCCCACCUCCCAGAUCCUGCCCUGGCCGCGCAGGGAGACCCCACCCACCCCGAGGGCCUCAGAUCAUGGCUCUGGGGCAGCCCAGGUGGGGGUGGUGACGUCACAGCCGCAGUGCCCUUUGCAGAGUUGCAAUUUCCAAGCCCUUCUGUUCGGGUGACUGUGCCCAGGUUAUGACGACUAAUCCCAAACCAAACAAGGCGUUAAAGGUCAAGAAGGAGGCGGGCGAGAACGCCCCGGUGCUCAGCGAUGACGAGCUGGUGUCCAUGUCGGUGCGGGAGCUGAACCAGCACCUGCGGGGCCUCACCAAGGAGGAGGUGGUCCGCCUGAAGCAGCGGCGGCGCACGCUCAAGAACCGCGGCUACGCGGCCAGCUGCCGCAUCAAGCGGGUGACGCAGAAGGAGGAGCUGGAGCGGCAGCGCGUGGAGCUGCAGCAGGAGGUGGAGAAGCUCGCCUCCGAGAACGCGAGCAUGAGGCUGGAGCUCGACGCGCUGCGCUCCAAGUACGAGGCCCUGCAGACCUUCGCCCGCACCGUGGCCCGCGGGCCCGUCACCCCCACCAAGGUGGCCACCACCAGCGUCAUCACCAUCGUCAAGUCCGCCGACAUCUCCUCCACCUCUGUGCCCUUUUCGGCCGCGUCCUAGUGCCUGGCCCAGGGUGGGGCCUGGGGGGCUGCGGCCGGGCAGGUGGUGGGCUCCUCCCUCGUGCCCAUCAGACGAGCCUACGGGGAGCAGACCCCUCAUCACCUGAGUCAAGCACAGACUCGCGGCGGGGACGGGGCUGCCGGCUGAAGAUGGGGUCUUAUGAGACCGUGUGCUGCACGCCUUCCCACACGCACGCACACACAAACACGCACACGUAUGCACCUGGCCUUCCUCUGGGCCCCACCGGCUCUCUCCGGACCGUCCUUUUCUAGGGGUGUGUGUCUCGCGCCGGGGGCGUCGGGAUGUACAGAGGGAAGGUCCCUGGGAGGUUCCUGGCCCUGUGGCCCAGACGGCGGGGGCUCUGUCUUCCACCCAUCCCGAGAGUGGCCCGCUGUGGUCCACCAGCCGGUGCAGGGACCCCCUCGCUGCCCUGAGCUCUGGUGCCGCAGGACGAACCAUGUGCUCCUGGUGAUGAAAAGCACCAUGACCCUGCUUUUAGCCUUACGGGAGACCUGCACCCCGCGAGGCGGAGGGAGGGCCGCCCGGGGGGCUGUGUGCACGUGCACGCGUGCCCCGCCAUGUGCCAGCCAUCGCACCAGCCUACCAGCAGCACCAGGGCCUCGGGGGAGAGGCUCGGAAGGGCCGGUCACUGGGGGGCCUCCGGGGUCCGUGCGGCAGACGGUUGCAUGGGGGUUGGGAGCUUUGCCUCCGUCGGACCUGCAGAGGAGCGGUAGCUGCCGGGUGGGGAGGGGGGCAGCCAGCCGGGGAAGGUGGAGCCCUGCGCAGGGAGGGUGGCAGGGCCUGGGGGUGGGCGCACGGAGGUUCUGUGCGGAAUGGGGGUGAGGUUGGCAGGGGCCUCGGGAGUGGGCUCUGGUUCUGCUGGAGGGGACGGGUGGGGUCUGAGGGUGAGGAGGUCGUGGUGACGAGGGAGGUGACAUGGCAGGGGUCCGGGACCCCCCUCCUGGGGGCACCUGGGCGGUCUCUUGGUGCAGACGACAAGGGGACGCAGCUACCUUGGUGCUUAAUCCUCGCCUGGAACCUUUACUAGCUCUUUCUGGCACCUGGAGCCCCUGAUGACCUUGGUGACUCUUGCUGGGGCUUCCCUCCCGUGAGCCUCUAUCGAUCGGGGCUCCCAGCUCCCGUGUGCCGAGCUUGGACUGCCCCUUCCUGGCCCUGCUGGAGAGAGGCUGGGGCUGCAGGGUCUGGGGGUGGGCGUUGAGCUCAAGCUCCCGGCCUCCUCUUGGCCCUGCCACCCACCACCGAGGGAGACCCCCACCCCCAGCAAGCCAUGGGCCACCCGCACAGGAAGAGGAGGAUUGGGCAGGGCAGAUGGCCCCAAGGGCUGCGUCCUCCUCCUGCGUCUGCUGUCAGGAGCGGCUGGGAAAGGUCUGGGGCCCCCGCAGCAUUGCUGUGUGGCCUUCGCCUUGGCCUUGUCCUGGGGGAAGGUGAAAGGUCAGGGGUGUGCUGGAUCCUUACGGAGAAGAAGGCCCAGUGUGUUUAAAAAAAAAAAAAAAAAAAGAGUUGAUACCAUAGCCAUGGUAGGUAAUCCACAUUGGAUAUCAAUAAGGACCAUGGGGAAAUAUUUAAAAGAAAGAAAGUAUAUAUAUAUAUAAAAUUAUAUACACAUUUUAUCGUACAGAUUUUUCGUAACUUUUCCUGUUUUUACUGUAAAUCCCUAAUAGAGCAGAGCUGCAGUUGGAGUAGGGUGGGGGUGGGAGCUGGUCGCCCCUGCCCCCAGCUCUGGGGAGGGAGGCCCGGGCUGCCCGCCCGACGCUUCCCUCUGCGUUCCCACCAGCCCUCGGGAGUGCCGAGGCCCCACCUGGGGGGACCCGGGGCCAGGGAAGGAAGACCAGAGCCUUCCCCGAGUGCUUUUCCUUUCAGCUCACCGAGAUUCCAUUGUCACAGGUUUAAUAUAUGGAUUUUUUUUAUUUAAGAGAAAAGGCAAGGACUUGUGUCCCUGGGGUUUGCUCCCCCUGCCUCCGGGGCUUCAGACGCGGGUCCUUCCUGGGGACGGGGCCUCCCGCUUCCUCGCCUCCGUCGCUCGGCUGCUCCAUUUCCAUAUUUAUUUUUGUGCUGCUUUUAUCAUGGUAUAAAUUAUUGAGAAGAGAUCCCACGUCGUGGUCCUCGUGCGUAGGACUCGUGCCCCGCACCCACCCUGUCCCCUCACGGCCACCACCUAAUUUAUUGCUGUACAUCUCUGCUGUGAUGCUUUUGUACCUUUGCAAUAAAGAGUUUUCUGGUUUCAGA